CUUUGAUUUCUUAGAGAAACUGAGUUCCCCCAAUGGCCGGCAUACAGAGGAAGAAGAAGAGGGCAAGACGAAGACGUACAGGAGACGAGUACAUAUCCGAUGACGGUGAUUAUGGGGAGGACCUGCUUAGCGAGUUGCCGGAUGAAAUUCUUAUUUCAAUACUAUCUCGCCUAACCCUAAGGGAAGCUGCGGCUACCAGUGUUCUCUCACAGCGAUGGAGGUACUUGUGGACAUAUACUUCACGUCUCAACUUCGAUUCAGUAGUUAACAAAAUUGUCAGACGGUCGCAUUCCUUCGCCCUUUCGACUGCUGCAGGGCGGCGGCGGCGGCGGCGGCGCAAAUAUAUUAAAUGGGUUCACAAGGUCUUGGCAAAGUAUAGAGGCGGCCGAAACUUAGAUGAAUUCAGGGUUUGUUUUGAUUUGUCUAAGAGAUCUCGUUCUGAUAUCGACAAAUGGUUUGAGUUUGCAAUGUCAAAGAAUGUCAAAAACCUUGAGUUCGACUUCUUAAGGUGUUCUUCUCGGAAUCAGGAUCGGGAUCGCUGGUUCGUCAUGUUAAGUUAUUUUCAGAAUUUCUAUAAAUUCCCGCAUCGAAUUUUGGGAGUGAGGGAAGCACGGGAUCCUAAUUGUAUGUUUGUUGGCUUUAAGUCCCUUAAAACUUUGUCAUUGAAGUCCAUAAAUGUGAGCAGCGAAGCUGUUGAGUAUUUCUUAUCAAACUGCCCUCUUCUCGAACGGCUAUCUGUGCAUGGCAGCGAAAGUUUGGUUAAUUUAAGGGUUGCUGGCCCAUCCAUCAUGCUGAGGCACUUGGAGAUAGUCAAGUGUUCCUCUAUCCAAACCAUUGAGAUAUGUGACACAAACCUCGUUUCCUUUACCUAUUGGGGAGAAAGGGGGGGAGAUCUGCUGCCAAACAAUAUGCAUAUUAAGAAUUCACCUCUCCUCGUUGAGGUAUUGGCUGGUGUUAGAAGAUUAGGGUCUGCAAAGAAUAUGCUUUUGAGGCUUUCAUCUUGUGUUCAUCAGCUGCAGAUUCUUCAAUUGACAGUCGAUCAUUUUCAUCCGGAACGAUCAAGAGCCUAUUUGCUUCCAAAAUUAAGAAACCUCAAGCAAUUAAAAUUAACUGUCUUUGUUGGGUGCCCUGAUAAUUGUCUCCUUGGAUUUGUUGCAAUGCUGAAGAAGUGUCCUCACUUAGAGAGUUUUGUGUUGCAGUUAAAAUGGCGAACUCAAAUCAUACCAGUCGCAAAAAGAUAUGCCAAGGCAUUGAUCCAAUAUUCCCAUCAACACCUGAAACUGGUGAAAAUUGUUGGUUUUAAUGAUUGUAGCAGUGCUUGUGAGCUAGUCAUGCAGAUUAUUGAAAAUGCUAUUGCACUCGAGAAAAUUAUCAUUGAUACAAGCCAAGGACAUAGGAGGAGGGGACCAUGGUUGAAGAGACAACUAGCUGCAAGAACAAGAGCUGAGCAAUUGAAAUCACAUGUACCUCCGAGCCUGGAAUAUAUAGUACUUUAAAUCUUAA